UUUCGCAUUUGAAGCUAUGUAUCUUAUCCUAAACUUAUUAAGUAGCUGAUGCUUCGUUCUGUUACAAAUCUUGAAGAAUUAUUUAGAAUUGGACUUACAUUCCAUUGGUACCAGUGGUGAAAAAAGUUGAACAUCUAUCAGUGUUUGUUAAAAAAAAAAAAAAGAAACUCUUAAGGAGUCCAUACACCAGCAGAUUUGUAGUGAUUUAUAUUUAAUGCAAUGGAUGAAAACAUUUGUACUAAAUGUAAGGAAAAAUUUAAACGUGACACAGGUUUGAAAUGUGCAGGAGUAUGUGGAAAUAUUUUUCAUGUAAAGUGUGCUGAUAUUAGUACGAAAGAAUUUAACGUAAUAAAAAACUUGCAAGGGCUUAAAUGGCUUUGUGAAGGAUGUUUACCGUUUUGGAAUUUUUGUACAACUAUGACUAAAGAAUUCACCGAAUUUAAACUCGCCUUGUUAAGUGAAAUACAAAUAAUAAAGACAAAAUUAGAUAGUUAUCCUAAAUCAGUAAACGCUAAACCUGCCAUUUCGUAUUCAAAUAUAGUAUCCGGAGAAGCUGUUGUUAUUAAGCCUAAAUCUAAACAAGCCUGUAGUAAAACCAAAGAAGUUGUUACGAAAAAAAUUAAUCCUUCAGAAAUGGAAGUUAAUAUCACCCAAGUGAAGAACAUUAAAGAUGGAGGAAUAUUGAUAAAGUGCAAAACUAAAGAAGAAUCUGAAAAAGUACGUUGUGAAGUAGAAAAGAAUUUAGGUAAACAGUAUCAAGUAAAAAUACCUCAACAAAGAAACCCAUGCUUAAAAGUUGUCGAUAUAGAGGAAGAUAUGGAUAAUGAUGAACUGUUGGAAUGCAUCAAGAAUCAAAACCUAUGUAUAAAACAUGAUAAAUUGAACUUGAAGGUGGUGACGAUAAAGAAAAUGGUGAAACGUUAUAUGGCCAUUCUGGAGUGUGAUCCGAUCACUCAUGCAAAAGUUCUUGAAGAAGGGUCCAUUUGUAUCGGAUGGUCACCUUCCUGUAGAGUAUUUGACUAUGUUAGAUUAUUUAGGUGUUACAACUGUGGAGGUUUUAAUCACAAAUCAAAUGAUUGCAAGGUCCAGGUAUGUGUAAAGUGUGGUGAAAAUGACCAUAAAAAAGAAAACUGUCAAAACGAAACUUUAAAAUGUUUAAAUUGUUUAGAGGCUAAAGAAAAAUUAAAUCUAAAUAUCACUGUUAAUCAUUCACCCUACGAUAUCAAAAACUGUGUAGUUCUGCAAAGAAAAAUUGAUACUGAAAAACAAAAAGUUCGAAAUGAACCAUUAUAGCAAUCAAA